AUGGCUAGAGCUAUUGUUUCCUGUCUCCAAAAGUAUCUGGUUUCACUCAUUCCCGAAUGGAUACAGCAGGAGACGAGGCUAGUCGUUGGUGUUGACGAAGAAGUUAAAAAGCUCACAAGCAAUCUUGACGCUAUAGAAGCUGUGCUCCUUGAUGCAGAGGAGAGAGAAGUGAAGGAGAGAGACGUCAGACUUUGGUUAGAUCGGCUCAAGUACAUGUCUUAUGACAUUGAAGACGUGUUGGAUGAGUGGAACUAUGCUGUGCUGAAACAGCAAAUUGAGGGGGUUCCUCCUAAGAAGGUACAUCUUUCCUCUCCCUCUUCCUCUUCGUACCAACAAGCAGGGUUACGUCUUGAAAUUGCGGUCAAGAUAAAGGAAUUCAAUGAAAAGUUAGAUGUCAUUGUGAAACAAAAAGAUAUGUAUGAUUUUAAAGUGAGUAGAAGUGUUGGGAAGUUUGAACGAGUACAAAGUACCUCAUUUGUUGAUGUGUCCAAUAUAUGUGGUCGAGUUGAGGAAAAGAAUACUUUAGUAUGCAUGUUGUGUGAGACUAGUGACCAACACCCCCAUAUCAUCUCUAUUAUAGGGAUGGGGGGAAUUGGUAAGACUACUGUUGCUCAAUUUGCUUCUAAAGACAAUGAGGUGAUAAAUAACUUUGAUAAAGUAAUUUGGGUGUGUGUGUCAGAACCUUUUGAUGAAUAUAGGAUAGCCAAAGCAAUCAUUGAGGCUCUAGAAGGUUUUAGUUCAAAUUUAGGUGAAUUGGAAUCGCUUUUUCAACGUAUUAGUAGAUCUAUUGCUGAAAAGAAAUUUUUGCUUAUCUUGGAUGAUGUGUGGUCAGAUGACUACAAAAAAUGGGAGCCAUUAUAUUGUUGUUUGAAGAAUGGUCUCCAUGAUAGUAAAAUUUUGAUUACUACACGUAAGGAAUCAGUGGCACAUAUGAUGGAAUCAAUUGACACUAUUGCUGUCAAAGAAUUGCCCGAUGAAGAAUGUUGGUUGAUGUUUAAGCGAUUUGCAUUUUUUGGUAGGUCUCAAGCGGAGUGUGAAAAUCUAGAAGAGAUUGGCAAGAAAGUUUUAAACAAGUGCAAAGGUUUGCCUCUUGCUGUAAAGACUAUUGGUAGUCUUUUGUGCUUUAGACAAACUAGAGAAGGGUGGCAAAAUAUCUUAGAUAGUGAUUUGUGGAAACUUGAAGUGUUUGAAAAAAAUAUUUUCGGUCCUCUACAAUUGAGUUAUAAUGAUUUGCCUUUCAAGAUAAAACGAUGUUUCACAUAUUGUGCCAUCUUUCCAAAGGACCAUAACAUAGAAAGAGAUUAUUUGAUUAAAUUAUGGAUGGCUCAUGGUUAUCUCAAACAAGAAGGAAAUGAUGUAAUGGGGAUAGUUGGUCAAGAGUACUUUGACUACUUAGCAUCACGCUCAUUGUUCCAGGAUUUUGUAAAAGAUGAUCACGAUAAUAUCGUUGGAUGUAAGAUGCACGAUUUAGUACAUGACUUUGCUCAAUUCUUGACUAAGAAUGAAUGUCUCCACAUAGAAGUUAAUGGUCUUAAAGAGCCAAUCAUAAACUCUUCUUAUCAUGAGCAAGUUUUUCAUUUGAUGGUAACAGGUCAUGAUGAUGAAAGGACUCCAAUUCCUUUAUCUAUUUGUAGUCUCAAAAGGCUGCGUAGUUUCAUACUUGAUAAGGAAGCUCCCUUGUUCAUUACGUUGCCUUCUAAUAUGUUCACAAAAUUAUUUGGUGAAUUGACAUGUUUAAAGGCAUUAACUAUUUCCUUUAUUGGACGAGACUUUCCGAAAGGGAUAGAAAAAUUGAUACAUUUGAGAUAUCUUCAUUUGGUCAAUCGAGGAAUGAGAAAACUUCCUGAAGAAUUAUGUGGAUUAUAUAAUUUGCAAACUUUAGACGUUAAUGAAUGUCAACAUCUGCAAGAAUUACCUCAAGGGAUUGGAAAAUUAAUAAAUCUAAGGCAUCUAGAAAAUGAUCCGGUCUAUGAUCUAAGAUACAUGCCAAUAGGAAUUCAAAGGUUGACUAAUCUUCGAACCUUAAGGAAAUUCUUUGUUGGUAAUGAUGAUAAAGCAUGCAGCCUUGAAGGUUUGAAAUAUCUUAACCCAUAUGGAGAUUUGUGUAUAGAUAAGUUAGGAAAUGUAUCAAAUGUGGAUGAAGCUAGAAGAUUAGAGCUCAAGAAUCAGAAAAACCUCCUUCAUUUGACUCUGGAUUUCAGAAAAGACGAAGAAGAGUGGACAAAUGAGGAUGACGAAUUAGAAGAAGACGAAGGAGAGAGGACGAAUGAGGAUGAUGAAUCAGAGGAAGACGAAGGAGAGAGGGCAAUUGAGGAUGAUGAAGCAGAAGAAGAUGGAGAGAGGACGAAUGAGGAUGAUGAAACACUUCUUGAAAUCUUACAACCACCUUUAAAUUUGGAGAAAUUACAUAUAUGGAAUUACAGAGGCAACACUAUUUCACCCAACUGGAUGAUGUCCUUAUCCAAGCUCAAGGACUUAAAACUCUCUAACUCCAUAAACUGUAAGCAUUUGCCUCCCUUGGGAAAAUUGUCAUCCCUUGAAUCUUUGUGUAUAUAUUCUAUGAGGAGUUUGAAAAGAGUGAGUAAUGAAUUUUUGGGAAUAGAAAGUGAUGGCACAUCUUCAUCAUUUAUUUUCUUCCCCAAAUUGAAAACUCUCGCUUUUCGUUAUAUGAAUGAAUGGGAAGAGUGGGAUUAUAAGAUUACAAGAAAGGGAGAUGAAGAAGAUGAUAUUAAAAUCAUGCCAUCUCUUGUUUCCUUGGAAAUUUGGGACUGCCCCAAAUUGAAGGCACUGCCAGCCCACCUUGGUCAGAAUACAGCAUUGAAAAAACAUAUUGGGUACUGUCCUCUGCUUGGCUACCCUUGGUGA